UGCCUCUCAACAUAAUAUGUCUACGUUUAUACACCCCCAAGUACAAGCAGUACGUACCGAGGUUGUAGGUAGGUAAGGUAUGUAGUAAGGUAGGAGAGGUACGUACCUAACUGUGGAAUGUCACACCUCGGUGUGCUCCGCUUUUAUCGGUAAAGAAAAGAGGAGACGCCUUGACCGCGAAUCGAAGGAGCUAUGCGACCAAGAGGGAACGCGGAGAUAGCCGUGGUUGCCGUUUUCAACAGGGUCGGAAAUGACGUUCAUCACAUCUACAUCCCGCUUUCGGUACAUACCAAGGCUAAACAACAGACAUCAAAACUGUCUCACGUUCAUUUGUUGGAAAGUCUGAUAAGAAGACUACCGUCCGGCUAAGAAGAAGGGGGAAAAAAGUGUGCAAACGCCUCGGUCCGAACGGACCCUCGUCAACCCACCCUCGACCAAAACCGUCGUCAUGAUAUUGCGCCAACUGCCCUUGCUAAAUCAUCACAACGGAAACCGCAAUGCAUAACGGCGACCUUCGCGGUCAUGAAUUCGUCGCGUACACCGGCGAGGAUGACGACCGCUCCAAUGACGCGCCGCCCGUCGUCGACUACAAGCGCCGGGGCACAUUCGGCAUGCCUUCCGCCCUGAAGGCGCGCGACAUGAGCAUCGAUGCACAACACGCCGGCUCCAUCACGCACGACGCACCCGAGGGCCGAGAGACCGUCGUAGAAGGAACGGUCGCUGACCCCGCCCGUCACAUCUACAUGUCCAGCAUCAGCAACAGCAACAGCAUCAGCCCCGGCAACAGCCUGACUGCCACAGCGCAUAGCCCGGAGGAGACGACGCGGACCGGCGGGGGACGGGAUCGCGGGCCAUUGGACGACGUCGAGCUGCAGGACCCCCGGCACGACAAGCCCGACGGGACCGCUGGGGCGCCGUCCCGGCGUGCGUCGCUCCUCUCGACGCUGGCGAUCGAGUUGUACACGGUCUCGUACCUCAUCUUUUUCGCUGUCCUCGGCACCCUCGCCCGCCUGGGCCUCCAGGCCCUGACGACAUACCCCGGCGCGCCCGUAUCCUUUGGCGUCCUGUGGGCCAACGUCGGCGGCAGCCUCGUCAUGGGGUUCCUGGCCGAGGACCACCUGCUGUUCAGGCCCCAGUGGGCCCCCGACGCCGUCUUUAUCGACCCCUCCGCCGCCGCGAAGGCGCACCUUGCGGUCAAGAAGACGAUCCCGCUGUACAUCGGCCUCGCCACUGGCUUCUGCGGCUCCUUCACCUCCUUCUCGUCCUUCGUCCGUGACGUCUUCCUCGCCGUGACCAAUGACCUCCCCAGCGCCGGCGCCGCGCCGCGCAACGGCGGGUACUCCUUCAUGGCCGCCAUCGCCGUCGUCCUCACCACCGUGUCUCUCUGUCUCUCGGCCCUGGUCGUCGGCGGCCACCUCGCCGCGGCCCUCGAGCCCAACAGCUCGUCCGCAGCGUAUCCCCCCCGUCGUAAGAUCCUCGACCGGGGCGUCGUCUUCCUCGGCUGGGGCACCUGGAUCGGCGCCGUCGUCCUUGCCGUCGUGCCUCCGCGCGAUGCCUGGCGCGGUCAGGCUGUCUUCUCCCUCGCCUUCGCGCCCGCGGGCUGCCUCGCCCGGUUCUACGUCAGCCGCUGGCUUAACCCGCGGGCACCCGCGUUCCCCCUCGGCACCUUUGCGGUCAACAUCGCGGGCGUCGCGGUGCUGGGCAUAUGCUGGGACCUGGGGCACGCGGGGGUAGGCGGCGUGCUCGGGUGCCAGCUGCUGCAGGGCGUCGAGGAUGGCUUCUGCGGGUGUCUGACGACGGUGUCGACGUGGGUCACCGAGCUGACGGCCCUGAGACGGCGGCACGCGUAUGUGUACGGCGCGUCGAGCGUGGUGGUGGGGUUUGCGCUGUUGGUUGUUGUCAUGGGGUCGAUGCGGUGGUCCGAGGGGUUCGGGCCGCUGAAGUGUACGCAUUGAUUGAUGUCCGAGAUGAGAAGCCUAGUUUUUUCUUUUUUUUUCUUCUUCUUUUUGUAAUCUUACCGCCGAGCCGGUCAUACCACGAUAGUUACUGGACACGUAAUUCUAAUAGUCGAAAAUCCGACUUCAUGAUUUUCCG